CUGUGUCCCUCGGACACAGCGGAUCACCGAUCACGGAAAGAGCCGAGGAUGUCGGCUCGGUCAUGUGAUCAGCUGUGUCCAAUCACAGCUGAUCACAUGGGACAUGUACACUGAUCAUCAGUGCCCUGAUGAUCAGUGUAGCCCCAGCAGUGCCACCUGUCAGUGUCUUACAUCAGUGCCUUGUGCCAGUGCCCAUCAGUGCCACAUAUAAGUGCCUACCAGUGCACAUCAAUGCCACAUUUCAGUGCCCAUCUGAGCUGCCUUUCAGUGUCACCCAUCAGUGCCAGUCAGUGCCACCUAUCAUGCCAAUCAGUGCCACCUAUCAGUGCUGCCAAUCAGUGCCACCUAUCAGUGCCAGUCAGUGCCGCCUAUCAGUGCGCAUCAGUGCCGCCUAACAGUGCCAGUCAGUGUCGCCUAACAGUGCC